AUGAUGAGAAGUAUUCAAGAUGUGUUUUCACCACUGACAUCGGAUAUUCGUGAUAGAGACACGACAGGACCAUGGAUGUCGCGCCAAACUCUAGUGUUGGCUGAAUACUUCUUCCCGGAUCGCAUAAGGCCGAGAGCUUUGAUGCUGUACAAUCGGAUACUGCAAGAUAGAAAAAAUGUGCUCGGCGCGAUGAUGAACGAGCAGAGGAAACAACUAGCCGACGACCAAAUGGCAGGCAGAGAAGCGAUCGUUCGCCGUGGAAUGCAAUCGAGAGGGUAUAUCAGAGUGAACUGCAGCAUAUGCAAUGCACAAGAUCUGCGGGUCGCCGGAUAA